UUCCAUCAACCUAAGGAGCAGUAUGAUGGAUAAAGCCACCUCCGUUCACCUCUGCCUUGGGACAUUAACUUUCUUGUUAAUGAUUUCUGUUCAUUCAGCUCAAGGGAAGCCUUAUAUAUUGCAAGAUAAUGAACUGUUUCCAGAGAAAGAAGAUAUCAAUCACCAGGAUAUGUUAUUGACACUUCUCCUCAAUAAACACCUUCCAAUGAGGAGACCUUCACAUUUUGAGAUGGAGCUGGAGAGCAAACUGGAGCAACUGGAACAGCUGGAAAAACUAAAAGAACAACUUCUGGAAGAAAAAAGUGGUGAUAUGAACUACCCCAUGGAAAGGCUUUCACCCUCACACCACAACAAACGAGCUUGUUUUUGGAAAUACUGUGUGUGAAGAUUCCACAUCAAAAGGGGACAUAAUCAUUUCAAUGUAUAUUGAAGCUCUGGAACAUAAACCAAAAUUAACUUUAGCAACAAUGAGAAACUGUGAAUUUAUUUUUUUAUGCAAUGUUUGUAAUUUAUUUGUGUGUUUUAUUGUUCAUCUCAGUGGAAAGCUGUACGUGAUCUACAGAGUUUUUAACUCCCGGGAGAUUCAUGAGCCCACAAUGCAUUAAAUAGAAUGCAUUUUUUGUCUCAAUAGAUGUUGCAAAAUGAAUUUAUUACUGUAUUUUUCGACAUUG